AACGAAUUUAAUUAAAUAUUUUAUAAAUGGGUUCCUGGGAAGAUUUUUACGCAUCUCACCUGCCACCUACUGAUUUUGAGGAUAAUAGACAGCUGUUGAAGCAAUUUUGCGAACAUCAUAUAAAAGAUGAGAAUCAGAACAUCGUCCUUGUAACAUCAGGAGGUACAAUUGCACCUCUAGAGCACAACACAGUCCGAUUUGUCGAUAAUUUCUCUGCAGGAAGUCGAGGAAGUAGUUCAGCCGAGUAUUUCCUUCAAAACAAUUAUGCUGUCAUUUUUCUCUUCCGUACUAAAUCCCUUGAACCGUUUACAAGACACUUUAGUGGCCAACAAUUUCUGGACAUGCUCGAAAUAAGCGAUAAUAACGAGAAUUCCAAUAUCAACGUCCGACCAGAUUCAGUUGACGUGCUCCUUCCGAUUCUAACGAAAUACAAAACCGCACAAGAAUCCAACCGUUUAUUGUACAUCAACUUUACAAGUGUUAGUGACUACUUAUGGCUGCUUCGAGCAGCAUGUGAAGCUUUAGCUCCAUUCGAGAGACGUGCAUUAUUGUACUUAGCAGCGGCUGUAUCCGAUUUUUACGUGCCACAAGAUGACAUGCCAAAGCACAAGAUUCAGUCAGGCGCUACACCAAAAAUAUCCUUACAAUUAGUACCAAAAAUCUUGAAGCCAUUAGUUUCCACUUGGGUACCGAAUGCAUUUGUGGUUUCAUUCAAAUUAGAGACUGACGAUUCGUUGCUCAUUGCCAAGUCGAGAGAGAGUCUAAUGAAAUAUAAUCAUAAGCUGGUCAUUGCGAAUAUUUUGCAGACAAGACGACAUCGAGUUGUUCUUGUCACGCCAACCACUUCUGAAGAAAUACUUAUGACAAAGGAACAAGCACAUUCAGGUUUGGAGAUUGAGGAACCGAUUGUCAGUGAAGUCUGCAAGAGACAUGAAGAAUUCUUAGCUGGUGCUGAACAAUGACAGUUUGAUAUGAGACAACGUCCUAGUUUUCAAGUAGAUUGUCCAACACAAAAACCUCAUUUUUGUAAGCUUUUAAAACCACGUGGAUUUUCUGGCCGUAAAUAUUCAUAAGGUGGAACUCUGUUGAGGGGUGGAGCCAGUGUUAGUAUCCAAAUUUUAAACCCCUCAUUUUUCUGGCUCUACCACUACUCCUAUUUUAGAUUCAUUCCAAAGCACAAGAAUAUGCUCAUUAUUAUACUUUUUUUUUGGCAUGACUGUAUACUGAUUAGCUUAUAAAUUAUUUUAAAUACGAGAUUUGUGUCUUCAUAAUGUCCUCCAAAGAAUUAAAGCAAAUGUUAACAUUUAGAGAAACCAGAACAAUAGAUAAACGUUGUAAAAGUAUCGAGCUUGUUGUUAGAUAACAAAAGCACAUAAUUUCCUGUUCCUCAAUUUCUUGCCAAUUUAUAUUGAUACUUAAUCGACAUUUAGACACCGGUUUUAGAAGAUAUUUAUUGUGUAAAAGGCUUUCAUCAAUGAAAAACAUUCUAAACUAGUACGAAAACUAAUUUUACAAGAAAAAAAGAAUAAUUAUAUAUUGAAGACGAAAAAACCGACAUAUCCCAUAAAGAAUUAUACAUACUUAUCUUUUGGACCAAUAAUUAACAAUUUGAAAGUAUUUAUGUAGUAUAGGAAAAAUUGACUCAUUCUGUCUCUUGUAAUCUUAAUGGUAGAUGCUUUUAAAAAAAAACCUUUUGACAUUUUAAUGGUAUUGUUACUUUUGUAGCGACUCUCUCAACUCUAUUUCUUCUUAUACUUAAUAUAUACUUAAUAACUUUUCACAUUGAGUGACAUUUAGCUUUAUGCAUUUUUAGCAAACAAAGACUUUUUGAUGGGAAAAUUAUAUCGUAAUUGAUAAAGGCUUGUUAUUUUUUGUGUGGGAGCUCAAUUGAAAUUGAUUGAAAUUCAAUUAUUGAUUAUGCUGAAAAUUGAUUAUUAAUUCAAUAUUUUUGAUUGCGGUGAUCAACAUAAAUUUAUCUGGUUGUGUUCCUCUGUAAAAACAUUUGUACGGUUUUGAAAUAAGAAACAUUUGAGAUGUUUGUAAAAUUAAAUGGUUGAAAACCAUACGACAGUACUAAAACAUUUAUAAAGUUUUAUUUUAAGAACUUUAAAUGUUUGAGAACCACAC